AUGCCGCCGCCGCCGCCGCCGACGACGACGACGACGGCGGAACCCGGGACGCUGAGUCGUCGAAGCGAAGUGCAGCUGAACCAGCGCCCGGCGAGGAAGUCGCGAGCGCCGAUCUCGGUCAUGCGAGCGCUCGCGAGAAAACUCAGCGAGGGGCUGGAUGUGGGCUCGAGCGACGACGACAAAAGUGGAGAUGCGAACCGUCGCGGCGAGAGAAUGCGAACGGACGCCGCCGAGCGCCUUGAGGCGGUCGCGGCGUUGCGCGCGCUCGCGUGCGCCAACGCGGCGAACCGCGAAAACGCUCGCGCGUUGGGCGUCAUACCGUCCCUGUGCGAGAUCGCGCGGCGCGAGCACUGCGUCGAAGCCAUCGGCGCGCUUCGGAACCUCGCGCACAACAGCGAGGCGAACGCGAGCGAGGCGGGCGCGUGCGGAGCGAUAGGCGCGCUCGCGGAGAUCAUCCGCCGGCGUACAGCUGACGCGCGCGCGGGCGGCGGCGCCGACGCGUCGACGUCUUCUUCGCGCUUCCCGCUCGCCGGGGAGGACAGGCGGGUCGUCUUCGCCGCCGCGAGCGCGCUGACGUCGCUGACGGUCAAGCACCCGGAGAACGCGGCGCGGUUGGAGAGCGAGAAGGACGUGAGGGAGAUCAUCGAGAAGGUCAUCGGCGAAGGCGCGGGGGAAGGGGAGGAGGAAUAA